AUGGAUUUGUUCUGGAAAAGGAUGAAGCAGUUGUUACCCUAUCCCCAUACACAACAGGCCAGCUUCAGGACCUUUUCAGAUUGUUCCAAGGAGCCAGAAACGAGAGUAUUUUCUGACCUUUGUCUAGUAGUCUGCAAGUCUGGGGCCACUAGUCAAUGCCUUAAUUGUCGCUCGCUCUUUAGUCUCAACAGACGGCAUCAAAAACGAAUUUCUAACAGGCAGGUCAUUCCUCCCAAAUGCAACAAACGGUUCCUGUCUAGAGAGGAAUUGGUGGACCAAGUCGCUCAGGAACAAGCGAGAAGAAAACAUGCAGAGGAGAGGGAGAGAUAUUGGCGCAGCAAAUAUGACAGCGAAGCCUUGGUGGUUGAUGAAGAGGAUAAUGCAGACCUCGAUUCAAUGUUCUGGGCCACAAAAAAAGAAAAUAUUUCCAAAGAAAUGGAAUGCCUCUGGGAACAACAGAAAAAAAAUAUUCAGACUGCUGGCAAGAAUGGUCACAGGUGGCAUCCUAAGUAAGUUCCCUCACCUCUUUACUUUUGAUGCAUCCUCAAAGGGUGAGGAAUAAUUUAAAGUUACAUGGACCUAUGCUUCAAGUUAUCAACAAUCCAAAGGGAAUAAGAAACCCAAAACUGUCCCUUGAAGCAGGAAUUAAAGCAACAAAAAAAAAAAAGAAGGGGAUACUGAUUAACAUCCAAUGUAUACCUUUUUUAACAUCUAAAGUUGCUUUACCAAAAAAUGAAAGAUCAUUGAUAGUGAUAUUAAGCAAUAUUAUUCAAUGUUUUUUCUUUUCAUUGAAAUUCUUUUUGGCUUUAUUAUAGGAUUAUCCGCUUGUGUAUAGAUUUAUAUACCAAGAACCCACAUGUUCUUGACCCAUUAAGGCAGUUCAUCAAGUUGCCAAGUAACAAGAUAAUCAGGCAAGUGUCAAUGUCUAUGUCUAGGUUUCGUUAAAAAAAAAAUUUACAUCUGAAAACCAAGUCUAACACAUUUUUCCAUGUUUUCAUUAUAAGGAUGUAUAAAAACAGAGUCCAACAACAAGAUGGGUGGAAUGCUGAGAUAUUGGAAUGGUGCUUGAUGGAGGCAAAAGCAAGAAACCUCAAAGAGGAAGACUACUGGGGAGGAUUUGUAAUCGAUGAGAUGAAAAUUCAGGUGCAUUGUUAGGCUGAUAGAUUUUUGAAAAUGCUCUGUUUUAUAGAAGGCAAAUCUAAAAAAAAACAGUUGUGAUGAUUUUUCGAUUAUACCUUGGGAAAAAUGCACUCUGAAUUGCAAGAUUCAUAAACCCAUUUUGUUGUUGUGCUAGUUAUAAGUUCUAACAUACAUUUCUAUAUAAAUUUUCAGGAAAAUCUUGAAAUGGUAAUGAGAAACGGAAAACACAAACUUGUUGGGUUUGUGGAAUUGGGAGAAGCCCAUGGUCACAUGGAGAAAAUACUAGGUGAGAUUUGUAUACUGAUAUGACCAAAAAAUCUUUUCAGCAUUACCCAAGUAAACAAAAUAUCUUUUUGUCCUAACUUUGUAACUACAGAGUGUAAAAUGUACCUGUUAACCUUACAGGUAAUGCCAAGCCCUCACUCGCCACACAUGUGAUGCAGUUCAUUUUCCUGAGUGAUUGUGGAUUUCAAUUCCCAAUUGCCCAAUUUCCCUCAGGGCACUGCUCCCCGACAAACCUCUAUUUACAGUUUUGGAAGGGAGUACAGAAGAUGACAGAAACAGGAUUCAGGUAA